AUGGGGAGGAACGGCAACACUUCUAGAAGUUGCUGUGCCUCUUUUUCGCGGUUUCUCACACGGUACUUCAACGUCGAGUGUUAUAUCCGGUCAUCAAGAUUUAUUCAAGAGGACAUGUCAGGGGCUCAUAGCCAACUGGAAGCUCAAUGCUUAUCUGCCGCGAAGCAGAUUGUCUCCGAGUGUGCUGCUAGCUUGGGGGGCGAUGCCGCCUCCGUAGGUCUAGCAGGCUGCGGCGAGCCCCUAAUUCAACUCCUCCAACGCCAGGCAUCACAGCUUCUUGCACUCUCAGAGACCCCAUGGGAUGAAGCUCAAGCCAUCUCAUCCGAGGCGGAAGCUGGGCACAAACACAAAAAAGCACUGCUGCUUAAACGGCUGGACGACCUCAUAUCCUCGUCGUAUGCCAAGUUCUAUGCCUACCUGUUCAAGGACCUGCCUGUGUGCUGGCGCCAGCUGUACACGGACGCGAGUGUCCUCAAGUUUGCCCUGCUAUACCUGUCAUGGCCUCCUGCGGAUAACUCAGGGAAGGGGCAGAAUGACGGGCAUGCGAUUGAGGAGCAACUGGAUGAUAUGGUCAAGACGCUGGACCUGGCAAUCAUCCUCGCUGGCGCAGCCGGGGGAAAACGUGGCAGGGCAUGGAUCGACAAGGCGUUUGUCCUCCUAGAAGAGAUUUGGCAGUCAUCGUCGUCACUUCCCGACGACACUCCCACCGCUACUCCGCCAGAUGAGAGGCCGCACAAGAAACCCAAGCCAUCAGACCCCUGGCAGGACGCGCCCCCUUUCUCCACCGACCAACCCUUCACUCCCCCGGUCACCCGCCCCGUCCGCCGCGCCCACGACAUCUCCUUCGAAGACUUCCAGACCUACCUCGACACCCGCGAAGGAAACGCCCUCGGCCCGCUUCCGCUAGUCCUCACCGGACUGAUCUCCAGCUGGCCCGCGCUGACCACGCGACCCUGGCGCAAGCCCAGCUACCUCCUCUCACGCACCUUUGGCGGCCGCCGCCUCGUCCCCGUCGAGCUCGGGCGCAGCUACGUGGACGCCGGCUGGGGCCAGAAAAUCAUACCGUUUGGCACGUUUCUGGCGCAGCACAUCGCUGACAACGCCACCACUACCACCAAGCGAAAAACAGGCUACCUCGCGCAGCACCCGCUCCUCACGCACCUGCCCGCCCUCCGCGAGGACAUCCUCCUCCCCGACCUUAUGAUGAGGGAGGGCAUGGAAAGGAUGGUAAUGAUGAGCAGGAGUCCGAAUUCGGGUGGCAGGAGGAGUUCAAAAAGGUCGAGUAUCUCGACUGUAUCCUCGGCGAGGGCGACGUGCUAUACAUACCCGUCGGGUGGUGGCAUUACGUGA